AUGGAUGCGUUGUUCAAGAUUGGGCUCGUUGAUGUAGCCCUUCGAGUGUUUAAGGAGACACAGGACCCAAAUUUCUUGACAUUUAGCACUGCCAUUUCUAAUUUAUGCAAGCUCAGUGAUUUGAUGAAUAUGCUGGCGGAGGCAUUACAACUAUUGGGUCUGAUGAUUACUUUGGGAAUUCCCACAUCCGUGAGUGUUUGGAGCAUUCUGAUUGAUGGGUACUGCAAGUUUGACAAUCUUGUUAUUGAGAGGGUAUUGAAGGUCCCUUCCACUUACAAUAUAAUCUUGGAAAGGGUAUGGCUGCAUGCCAUGCGCUCAGUGGCGUCAACCUACCAUCAGGCAUUACGAUUCCCUAAUGAAACCAGCGCGAUUGAAGAAGUCUUAGGAGACCAAAUCAUGUCGAAGCAGUGUUUCGUCACAGUAAGUGGCAGCCGUGCUGUAAAAGAGUUCGUUCAGAUGGUAGAAGAGCCAGAAAGCAACGAACUGUUUGUAGAUGUCGGCAAAGCAGCAGAGCAGAAGGCAGUGGAAGACCUAGUUGAGAGCUGGUUAAGCGACGGCAUUUGGAGGAAGCGCAAACUUGAUCAACAAGAUUAUACGAGAAGAUUGUUUCGCGCUCGUACAACAGGUUAUUUAUUGGAGAAGAUGAUUGAGGCCGGGUGUUCACCGAAUGUUGUAACAUGCACCUCUUUAAUUAAGGGUUUUAUGGAUUCCCAAAAGCCUGGCAAGGCAUUAUGUAUCCUCAGUACCAUGGAAUCUAAGGGAUGUUCCACUGACUUGGUUCUUUGUAACGUGUUAAUAGAUUGCCUUUCUAAGAUGGGCAGGUGCGAUGAUGCACUUGAUGUCUUCUUUAGUUUGCCGAAACGAAAACUAGUACCAGAUUCUUACACUCUUUGUUCUAUAAUGUCAGCCCUCUUUAUGUCCAGACAGUUUGAUCUUCUACCCAUACUAAUCAGUGGACUUGAUAUUCAAGCUGAUCUAGUGGUCUGUAACUCCCUUCUGAGUUAUUUUUGUAGAGCUGGUUAUCCAUCUGGUGCUGAUGAGUUUUAUAAUGACAUGAUAGAGAGAGGCUUUAUUCCGGAUGGGUAUAGUUAUUCUGGAUUGCUGAGUGGACUAUGUGGAACAGGAAGGAUUGGUGAGGCAGUUAAAGUGUACUAUGCAAUUGUGAGAAACAACUUUUGUCUUGACCCUCACAUCCAUACUACAAUCAUAGAUGGACUUAUAAGUUCUGGUAAAUUUCACAGAGCUAUCAGGUUGUUUAGGAAAGCCGUUGCAGAGAAAUACCCACUUGAUGUUGUUUCAUACGCAGUUGCCAUCCAAGGACUUUUCAGAGGUGGUAGAACUGGAGACGCUUGUAUUUUAUACAACCAAAUGAAGGAGGUUGGUGUAGCUCCAAAUGCAUGUACUUAUAAUGUAAUGCUCUCUGGUUUUUGUAGAGAAAGAGACAUAGAAAUGGUUAGACAAAUCCUACAAGAUAUGGUUGAUUCAGGUGCUAAUUUGGUGGAUGUUCUAGAGGUUGACACAUCGGGCUCUGAUGACAUUUGUGAUGUGGCUGCUUCAGUGGGUUGAGAUAUAGUGGUGAAAGAGCUCGACUGUAUCUAGCCAGAUGGUACAGGCUGUACAGCUCCUC